AUGCUUAUUUGGAGAAUCGGUGUCAAUGCUAUCCCCACUAAAGAGAAUUUGCAAGUAAGGCUGCCUCAUAUAGAUACUUCUUGCCCUUUGUGCAAUGCGUCGGUGGAAUCUAGUAUCCAUAUUUUCUUUGAAUGCCCUUUCGCCAGAGCCCUCUGGGCAGCUGCUUGCUGGGGCUUAAGUGUGGAUCCAGCUUCUAUAAGAACACCAACAGAUAUCACUAAGCUCAUCAUGGAACCACCUGCUUCCCCGAUUCUGGCUCAGGAGCAAUGGACCGUGUCCCUCAACAUGGCUUUAGUCAUUGAUGAGAUAUGGAGGUCUAGAAAUCUCAAGCAAUUUUGUGAUGUAAAUGCAGAUGUCAUGAGUGCUAAAAGAAAUAUUCACUCAAGAUUUCUUGAGAUUGCCAAGGCUUUCACUCCGGAUAUGAUUAAGCCAAAUGAACUUGCUAACUUCAGGUGGAACCCACCACCACUUGGUUGGAUCAAGAUUAAUGUGGAUGCCGCCUUGAACAGAUACAAAUCAGCUUUUGCAGUAGUUGCUCGUGAUCAGCUGGGAGAGGUUCUGUUUCUAUGGGGAAAAAUUCAUCAUGCCUGCCCCCCGGCGCUAGCUGAAGCUGAGGCCCUCCAUUGGGCUGUGCAACUAGCGAUCAAAGAGCGUUGGCAGAAUGUGAUGUUGGAAGGGGAUGCAAAGAACUGCAUUGAGGCUCUAACAAGUGAUGAUGCUACCCCGGAUUAG